GCUUGCCUUGCUGUUUGCCCUUGGGGGGCCUGUUGAAACGCCGAGUCGAGUGACUAGGCAGCACACGCGGUUCCUGAUGGCCGCAAGGAUGCCGUCUGUCUGUCUGUCUUGUCAUAUCCGUGGGCCGACCGGUUUGCGUGUGCCUGGGUUGUGUGUGUGUAUGUAUGUCCUGUGUGAUAGGCAUGCGUUGUGUGUCAUCACCCGUCUUCUGUGACCACUGGACAAACCCAUGAAAGGCGGCCGUCCCACUUACAGAUGAUUCCGAAGGUGGCAGGCUGCCCUGCCCUGACUUACAGACCCUCUUUAGCCUCCAGCACUGGUGGUGGCAUUUAGAAAAUGGCGAUCUCUGUGGAAUGCAACGCAAGGCAAUAUUAUGGGACCUAUGAACUGAAGCACCCAAUGACGCCGAGCAGCAGUCCGGUCCGCGAAGUCUCGGGCCAGGAGGAGGACUGCCCUGAUUCGACAACAGCACCAGAACAUGACCAUCCCCAGCGGCCGGAGGACACAGACGAGGAGCCCCGGCCGAAGGACCACCCAGCGGACACGGUCCCUAGACACAACCAGACGGCCCCCGCCGUCGCCGAGCUCGAAGGGCUCUCCCUCAAGAUCGAUAACUUCGGAAGAGGCGAGAGCGAGGUCGUCGAGGCAGUAAGCGACGGCGAGGAGACCAAGGACACAUACACCAGCAGCCAGGCGCAGGCCACCGCAUCACCCUUCGACGACCCAGAGGAAGGAUCCCAGACGUCAAGCGAGGAAUCGUGGGCAUCGUUGCCCCCCAGCAGCAGCGGCUCCUCCUCCUCGAACGCCAGCACCGACGAGCAGCGGGAGGAAGGGGGCAAGGAUGACGAGGACGCACCCGAGACGGCGGACACCCCCUCCGGCGGCGGGCCGCUGCCGAGCCCAGAGACGACCUUCAGAUUCUACAAGUUCCACGAGGAGUUCAAGGAGCAUGAGGCGCAAGACAACGAAGAGGACGACGACGUUGACGACGACGACGACGAAAACGACGACCCGCGCUUCUCGCCGACGGGCCCCUGGGCAUCGAGCGCCGUGCCCAGGUGGGCGUUCCUGAGGUCCAGCAACUCGCUGCCCGUCCUCAACCUGGGGCCCCGGGACUUCUACCACGGCGGGUCGGCGCUGCGACACGAGGUUUCGGCGGAUGAGGACGACGAGGGCGACGGAUACCUUGCUGAGAACAGAGGGUCCCGGGACGUCGUGGCGAUGGUUGGUGUAGCAGUACACUUGUAGCAGUAGAUGUAUCAGUAAAUUCAAAAAAUGGUCAACUUCAA